CUUUCUUCUUCGGCACCGCCGUUGACGAUCACGUGGUUGGUGGUAGUAUUAAGAGAACUGUGCAGGACGAAGACAACGAACCACCAUCAUUGUCUGUAGCUGCCGCCCUGGGGUUGCGCCAUGGAGAGGAAGAAGAUCAUCAUCGACACCGACCCCGGAAUCGAUGAUGCGAUGGCGAUAUUUGUGGCGCUCAAUUCACCGGAGAUAGAGGUGAUCGGACUGACGACGAUAUACGGGAAUGUGUACACGACCCUCGCCACGAGAAACGCGUUGCAUUUGCUAGAAGUAGCAGAGAGGAGUGAUAUUCCAGUUGCUGAGGGAUCUCAUGUAACAAUCACGAAAGGUACAAAGCUCCGGAUUGCAGAUUUUGUUCAUGGUUCGGAUGGGCUGGGAAACCAGAACUUCCCACCACCAAAGGGGAAGGCCAUUGAUGAAUCAGCUGCAACAUUUCUCGUAGAAAAAGCUAGCCAGUUCCCUGGAGAAGUUACAGUGGUAGCUCUAGGUCCGCUUACCAAUAUUGCUCUGGCCAUUGAAAAUGAUCCUGAAUUUCCAAAGAAGAUAGGGCAAAUUGUUAUCCUUGGAGGUGCCUUUUUUGUGAAUGGCAAUGUUAAUCCAGCAGCUGAGGCUAAUAUAUUUGGUGAUCCUGAUGCUGCCGAUAUUGUCUUCACUUGUGGGGCUGAUAUUUCGGCUGUGGGAAUAAAUGUUACACAUCAAGUUGUUCUUACAGAUGCUGAUUGUGAAAAGCUUGCAAAAUCCGAAAGCAAGCUUGCUCAAUAUCUGUGCAAGAUUUUGGGAAUCUAUUUUUCGUAUCACCGUGAAGCCUAUGCGACAAAUGGUGUUUACCUUCAUGACCCAACAGCUCUUCUUGCUGCGGUCGAUCCUUCAUUGCUGACUUAUACUGAGGGGGUGGUUCGGGUUCAAACAUGUGGUAUAACGAGAGGCAUGACGAUAUUUGAUAAUACCAAGAAAAGGUAUGGAGAAAACACGGAAUGGUCGAACAAGCCCACAGUCAGGGUUGCUGUAACUGUGGAUGCUCCAACCGUGGUCAAGAUUAUGAUGGAGAGGCUGAUGAAUUCUUAGGAGCAGCAGCAAUCCGAAGAACACCCAAUAAUGGUGGCAUGGGAGCAAAGGGAUGGCAAUGGCUGCCCACAUUGACUGGUUGCUAGUACUUUGGAAAUUGUUGCCACUAAAUCAUCUUCUUUCUCUCUGGCAAGACCAUUUCAUACCUCCUAAUUAAAUUGUUCAUCCACAGAGUGAUGCUCAAGAACACAUUUGCUGACAGAAUGCGAGAGUAAGAGCUACUUGCAAGAACA